GUCUGCAUAAUAUGGAGUUAAUUCAAUUUGCAUGUUGAUUUUCACGUUGAUUAGUUGAACCACGGCUGAUUAUACGCAUUCGGUUUCUGAAGUAAAAUUGACAGUUAGUUAUCAAAUAAUUGUGGAUUUAUUCCAGUAAUAAGCUAAUAGGAUCUAUCGGCAUUGAACGUAAAUUUUAAUUUGAAACGUUCCGUGGAAGUUAUCGAUAACACUGUAAUAGAAACGACGUGAACUUUGCAAUAGAAUUAUAAAAAUUUGUUUGAAUUAUUAUUUGUGAAUAAAGGACUUGAACUUAAUUAUAAAAAAAAACUGGAGAUGUCCACUGACUUUAUUAAAGCGGAGCGUGCAAUGUUUGAUUCUUACGGCGGUUUGCGACUUCCGCUCGACGCUAUGAAAACAAGAGAUGACCUAUGCUCGGAUAGAACUCUUUCUGACCAGGGUGCGUACAACCACCAUUCCAUUGAUGACAUCCUUGGAUAUAGAAGAAUGCAAGAAAACAUGAAAGAAAUUACUGAAAUGAAAGCUAAAGGAAUGCAGAAUGAUGUCACGCAGUCACCGACAAAAAUUGACAGUCUUGAAGCGGAGAUUCUCCGCGAGCGGGACUCAGCUGUGCGGGAAUCUAAAAGUCAAAAAGCAGACGACAAAUCGAAAUCUUCAGCCGAUUCUCCAAACGUUUCAAGUGAUCGUCUUUCCAUCGGAGAUGAUUGUAAAAGGGAUGACAAUGAGGAUAGCAAUGAAGAAAGUGAUGCAAAAAAGAAAAAGAGAAGAAACAGGACAACCUUUACUAGUUUUCAGUUAGAAGAAAUGGAAAGAGUGUUCCAAAAGACGCAUUACCCGGAUGUUUACGCACGUGAGCAGCUCGCGCUCAGAUGUAACCUGACAGAAGCUCGAGUCCAGGUUUGGUUCCAAAACCGACGGGCCAAGUGGAGGAAGAGGGAGAGGUAUGGUCAAUUCCAGACAAUGAGGACGAUGCCCCCGGGCAUGCCGGGCUACGACAUGUCCAUAUCCCCAAGACAUGACGCUUACUCCCAGAUGCAACAGCUGUCAUGGACAAAUGCCGGUCACAAUCCCUAUCAAAUGCCCGACAACAAUUGUAUGGCGCCAAAUCAGCACAUGCCAAACUUCAUGAGCCUUUCACACGCCGGAAACCCGCUUGCAGCAUAUCCGGUACAUGCGCAGUCACCGUCACCAAUGACCAGCGUUAGCCCGCAGGAUAUUGAUCCGCGUGAAAAUACGGAACUAAGAAGCACGAGUAUCGCGGCUCUCAGAUAUAAAGCACGGGAACAUAGUGUUUCAAUGGGAAUUUUUGGAGCAUAUGCGAAAUAAAUAUCACAUAUCAUUUAUGAACUAGUGUGCCUUAAAAUCAUUAUAUAUGUAUAUGGAUGAACAAAAAGUACCAAUUUUCAUAUAUUUCGCCAUAUUUGUUCUUUAAAACGAGGGGAGAUAAUAUUUUUUAUAAAAAUGUGCCAUUACAUAUAUAUGGAGUUAUCUCACUUUGCCGUAACAGAUGAAAUGGACAUCGAUUGCCGGCCAUAACCAAGUUUAGUGCAACGUCAGAUAUUUUUCAUAUGUUUUCUGAUGCGAUUGUGCUUGCAAAGUUUGUACAUAAAGUCACGUGAUCAAGUGGUGCUAUCAAAAGAAAUGAGAUUACACUAAAAGAUGAUGUUUUAAUUAAUACCUUUAUUGUUUAUUCAUUUUGAAAUAUUUUCUAACAUCACAAGUUUACAUGCUUUCGGAUAUGCAUAUUUAUACGGAUACCACGCAAUAACGAAGAUUAUUUUUUUUCUAAUUACAAACGAUUCACUUUUACAUGAAAAAAGAACUGUAUAUAGAAAUGCAAAAAAUAUAUUUCAAUCCUUUUUGCUGAUAUCAAACUUUUGCUUUUUUCACAAAACAAGAUCACGUGGUACAUGUUUGUACCAUGUUAUGUUGAAUUGAGAAAUCGUUGUAAACUUUUGAUAUCAAUUACUUUUUAACACGUUAGAAAAAAAGUGUACAGUUUUUUGAUUGGAUAUCAAUGACAUUUAUUGAUAUAUUGAAUAUUAUAAUUGAUAUCAAUUUUAUUACAAUCAAUAUAUCAUUAAAAUAACGUGCAUAUGAUAUCAUAUCAAUAAAUUCUUUUUGUUUACAGUUUUAAAGUAAUUCAUGGCAUAAGGAGCUUUUGAAAUUAAAACUUUUUUUAUGCUAUUUUUUUUAAUUUAUAAAGAAAAUGCAUUAUCUAGGAAGCAUUUAUGAACAAGAGCUGAUUUAUUAAUUUCUUCGACCAUUUUAUAAAAUUGUGCAUAUAUUAUAUACUAUGCCACAAUAAAUCUAUUUAUAGAACAUUAAAAAACAGCGCUGCGCGCGCAAACUUUGCAUUAAUAUGUAAAUUUUCUUUUUGACAUCGUCAAUGCUAUGGCGACAUUUGAUUGUUCCCCUCAUUAAAUAUACCUUAUAUUGAGAUGAAUUUGUACAACAUUACCGAUUUGAUAACAAAAUGUGAAAAA